AUGUCAAACCCCAUUCUGGAAGAGAUGCAAGAUGCAGCUGCAACAGUUUUUGAGACUGUUACGGAAGGUCAAGAAAAUGGGGAACUAGGAGGAGCCAUUCAAGUCAUUGACCAAGGAUUGGGUAACCUCUCGAGAAGAUCUAUUAUAGGAACUCUGUUUGAUUUUAUUACCUUCGUCUUCAAAACACCAUUUCUCGUCAUCUCAUCGCUCCCUUUCCUCGCAUAUUCGAUUCCCCAGUCAGUCGUCUCCUUUAUAAUUGUACCUGGUCAGAUUUUAUUAUCGAUUCCUAGAGUUAUUCAAAAGCUUCUUGAGCUCGCGCUUAAUCCGACACUCGCAAGCUUCGUUGCCACCACAUUUAUUGGAAGCCUUUUCUUUAUAUUAGUCUCUCUGCCAAAUACCAAACUGGGGCGGGGAGUGGAAGCGCUCCAUAAUUUUCUCUGCUGGGCUCCUAUUUAUUCUGCAGUACUGCUACUUUCAAGCAGUUCUGAAGCCUCGCGCGAACUCUUCGGUACUCUCCACGAAUUCUUCGUAGCAAGACCCUGGUCAGCAGCUUUCGUCUUCCUUUUUGUCUUCAAGUUCUUGAAAGUAGUCGUCCAUUUAUUCUCCUACAACUUUCUCUCUAGCUACAAACUUCCGCCGCUCCACCCCUCUGUUGUACCAAGCGAUGUUACGGUAAUUAUAGCAAGCGUUGGUAAUUUUACCAACGAGUUUGUCAAAACUAUCGAUUCAGUCCUCGAAAAUCACCCAGCUAAAAUUAUAAUCUCGACAGUCGGAACCGAAAAACUCAUACAAGCCCGCAGAGUCGUCGAGAGAAUAAUGAGAGAGAAACGCCUUCCUGGACGAAAGAUCGAGGUUAUUGCUGUUCACCAGCCAAGCAAACGUGUUCAAUGCGUCCAAGCUUCCCUUCAGGUCAAAACUGGACUCAUUGCUUAUGUCGAUGAUCAUGUCUUCUGGCCUCCUACUUUUCUCCAAAGUGUUCUCGCAGAAUUUGAAGACCCAGCUGUAGGUAUUGUUGGAACCUGCAAGCGUGUCAUCCGCGAGCCUGGAAACAAUUGGUCUGAUUCUCUCCGCAAUUUCUUCGCUUGCAUCUACCUUGAGCGCCACAAUUAUGAGCUCACUUCUACCUACAACAUUGACGGUGGAUUGUGGGUUAUCUCUGGAAGAACAUGUUUACUCCGAACAGAUAUUAUGCAAACAGUCGAUUACAGAAGUAAAUUCCUUUCCGAAACUUUCUUGGGAGCCGGCCCAGUCAACUGCGAUGAUGAUAAUUUCAACACAAGAUACAUGAUCAAUCAUGGCUACAAAACUGUAUUUCACAACAGACCAGAAGCUCUCAUUGAAACAACUCUAGGCACAUCAGGAGGCUGGCCCAAAUUCUACCAACAGCUUCUCCGCUGGUCCCGAUCAAUCUGGCGCUCCCAUCUCAAAACCAUCCUAAUUGAUGGAACAUGUUGGAAAUUCUGCCCCUGGACUAGCUACGCCAUGUUUGUCUCCGGAUUGUUGAACAUCUCUAUUAUCUAUGAUUCUCUCUUAUUCUUCACACUCUUCGAAUCCGACUUCUACACCAAGGAUAAUCACGCGGGUGCAUAUCUUUUUUGGGCUAUAAUUUUUAGUCGUACGAUUAAGCCAUGGAAUUAUUAUAUGCGCAAUAAACAUGAGAUGUGGUGGGCUGUACCAGCAGAAAUCCUCUUUGGCUACUUUCAUGGAAUCAUUAGGUUGAUUGCGCUAUUAACUUGCCGUGAUAUUGGCUGGGGCGGAAGAGAUUUAACAGAGCUGUAA